CCUUUUAUCUGCCGCAACUUUUUGCUUCUUUUGUCGGGGGAGAGUUUUGGGAAGCUGGAGCACGAUGGCGGGGGCGAUUAUUGAGAACAUGAGCACUAAAAAGUUGGUGAUAGUGGGAGUCAUUCUGCUCCUGUUCCAGGCUUUUGCUUUCAUGGUGGGAGGACUGAUCGCUCCCAGUCCCACCACAGCCGUUCACUACCUGGCCACCAAAUGCGUGGACAACCAGAAGGGGCACCAUCAGAGCAGGAAGUGGUUCAUGCCGUGGGGCCCCAACCAGUGCGACAAGAUCCGAGACUUCGACGAGGCCAUGGCUAAGAGAAUCGAAGCCAACAACAUCGUGUUCGCUGUGCACAUCCCUCUGCCCAACAAAGAGAUGAGCCCCUGGUUCCAGUUCAUGCUGGUCAUCCUGCAGUUCGACAUCGCCUUCAAGGUCUACAACCAGAUCGACGACGGCGCGUUGGCCACUAUAGACGUGAGCCUGGCGUACAGAGACGACACCGUGAGCGAAUGGACGGAAAUGGCGCACUCUGUGGAGCAACGUAAACUCAGCUGCAACUUCACCACCACCAAGACUAUAGAGAACGAGGGUCGCUACUACGAAUGCGACCUCCUGCCCUUCAUGGAAGUUGGCUCGGUGUCCCACAAGUAUUACCUGGUGAACAUCCGGCUGCCCGUUCACGAACGCAAGAAGGUGAACGUGGGCAUCGGCGAGAUCAAAGACAUCCGGCUGGUGGGGAUUCAUCAGAACGGCGGCUUCACCAAGGUCUGGUUUGCCAUGAAGACCUUCCUCACCCCCAGCGUCCUCAUCAUCAUGAUCUGGUACUGGAGACGGAUCACCAUGAUGACCAGACCGCCCGUCCUGCUGGAGAAGAUUAUUUUUGCUCUGGGAAUCUCCAUGACCUUCAUCAACAUCCCGGUGGAGUGGUUUUCCAUCGGAUUCGACUGGACGUGGAUGCUGCUGUUCGGAGAUAUUCGUCAGGGAAUCUUCUACGCCAUGCUGCUCUCCUUCUGGAUCAUCUUCUGUGGAGAACAUCUCAUGGAUCAGACGGAGAGGAACCGUUUCUCCAUGUACUGGAAGCAGGUGGGACCCAUCGUUUUCGGUUCCUUCUGCCUCUUCAUCUUCGAUAUGUGUGAGAGAGGAGUGCAGCUGACCAAUCCCUUCUACAGCAUCUGGGCUUCGGACGUUGGAACAGAACUGGCUAUGGCGUUCAUCAUCGUGGCGGGAAUAUGUGCGUGUCUCUACUUCCUGUUCCUGUGCUUCAUGGUCUACCAGGUUUUCAGAAACAUCAGCGGGAAGAGGUCGUCUCUACCCGCCAUGACCAAAGCUCGCCGCCUGCACUACGAGGGUCUGAUCUUCCGCUUCAAGUUCCUGAUGCUGGUCACUCUGGCGUGCGCGGCCAUGACGGUUAUCUUCUUCAUCAUCAGCCAGGUGAACGAAGGUCACUGGCACUGGGGAGAUUACACAGUACAGGUGAACAGUGCGUUCUUCACCGGGGUCUACGGCAUGUGGAACCUGUACGUGUUCGCGCUCAUGUUCCUGUAUGCGCCGUCGCACAAGCGUUACGGAGACGAGCAGUCCGGCGGAGACCAGGGAGGGAACAGUGGCGAGGACAUUCAGCUCACCACCACCAUCACCCACGCUGACGGACCCACCGAGGUCUACAGGAUGGUGGGGAAAGAGUCUCAAGAGUAGUACCAGCUUCCUUCAGCCCCUUCCGUAAUCCCUCAGUCCCUCAGCUCACCCAAACUGGCACCAUACCCGCGUAAACCGUGUCUUCACCCACCACAAAUAUAUCAGGAUAUCUGUUCUGAGGACGUUCUCGUCAUCGCCACAUUCCCCAUCGAGGUUACAUUAGCCAACAGUCGGGACUAGAGCGCCAUCUUGUGGAUGGUGGAGGAAACUGGAGGGAAGCACAUUAUAAGGUUCGAAUUGUUCCUGGAUCAUUUCAUGUUGGCAUGUGCCAAUUUCACGUGCCCACGGUGUACGAUAUUCCAAGGCUGGCAGACAUGGUGCAGAAUCCACUCUGCAGCCAAAAGUAUCUGAACACCCUUCCUAAAUUAAAAGAUUAAUUAUGUAGCUUAUACAGCUUGGUGGCAACAGUUUGGGCAAGGUCCAUUUCAUUCUGUUCCAGCACGCCUGUGUUCCUGCACACUAAUGAAGAUCCAUAAUGAUGUGGAACGUCAGCGCCUUGCACCAAGUGUAUUCAUAUAAGCCCUUGCCAUUUUUUUACUUUCCUAAACACUCCACACACACACACCUUUUACGAAACAUUUAAGUCGCUAAGUUGAUAUGUAGCAUGUUACGAUGUAGAUAUAUUUUUAUAAACUGCAGUAGAUGCAUCACUUGUAUAAUAAAAAUGCUUUUUCGGAA